UUAGCCUCCCACAGCAUGAACAUGAAAGUGAAAGUAGCAAAAAUGACACAAAAUGUGGGUCGGCUGCUCAGAAAGGCGUCUCUUGGUUUUAACAGACUACAGCUGAUGUCGGGUAAAUCUGACCAUCUGCAGAGAACAGCGGAAAAAUCCAGAGAGAAUGUUGUAUCUGUGGCCGAAGUGAUAGCAAUGAGAAAUGAAUCUACUACAGUGAAAAGUUUAAGACUAAAAGUGAUAGAAAAAAACCUGACAUUCAAAGCUGGACAGUGGGUUGACACUUUUCUACCAGGUUUAGAAAAGGUUGGUGGAUUCUCAAUGUAUUCAUCCCCUGGAAUGCUCAAAAGGGAGAGAACUCUGGAUUUAGCUGUCAAAUACAGUGAGCAUCCUCCAGCAAAGUGGAUCCAUGAAAAGUGCACAGUUGGAACGGAGCUCCAGAUCCGAGUGGGAGGAGACGUGUACUUUGAUCCAGAUCCAGAUAAGCCAUGUCCCGACCUACUUUUGAUUGCUGGAGGUAUCGGAAUCAAUCCAAUCCACAGCAUCUUUUGUCAUGUGACAGAUCUUCUGGACUCUCAUUGGACACACUCUCCUAAACAUGUUUCUCUUCUCUACAGUGCAUCUUCUAUGGAUGAACUCAUCUUUCAUGAGGACAUUUUGAGACAUUGUAAACAGAAGCCACAUAUUCUAUCUUACCAAAGCUUUGUGACAAAAGAGUCAUCCUUGGUUAAUGAUGAGAUCUGUGGUCGGAGGAUUUGCAGGGAGGAUCUCCUGAAGGAGGUAGAGAGGAUGAAGUCACAUGACCUGAUGGUAUUUAUAUGUGGGCCGCCUCCUAUGAUUCACAGUUUAGAGGAAAUGCUGGUGUCAGUAGGAGUUCAGAAGGAGAAGUCAUCAAUCAUGUGGAAGGCCGCUGCUGGACACAGCGUGAAGACAGGGAAGCCCCCGGUGAAUGACGACGAUGACGACUGGGAGACGGAGGCCGACUUUGUGAAUGAUGUCAGUGAACAAGAACAGAGAUGGGGUGCCAAGACAAUUGAGGGCUCAGGUCACAAGGGGUCACUGAACCUGGACCAGCUCAGACAGGAAGUGUCGACGGAUGACAAAUCCGUCAAACAAAAACAAAUGGAGGAGGGGCCAAAGGCAUCAUAUGGAUACGGAGGGAAGUUUGGGGUGCAGAAGGACAGAAUGGACAAGUCUGCAGUUGGAAGCAACUAUGUGGCAGAUGUAGAAAAACACAGCAGUCAAACUGAUGCUGCCAAAGGAUUUGGAGGGAAGUAUGGAGUCCAGAAAGACAGACAAGAUAAGGCUGCUGUUGGUUUUGACUAUGCUGGUAAAACAGAAAAACAUCAAUCACAAACAGAUUAUUCCACGGGCUUUGGAGGGAAAUAUGGAGUUCAAACUGACCGCAAGGAUAAAUCUGCUGUCGGAUGGGAGCAUCAAGAAAAACUUGAGAAGCAUGAGUCACAACAAGAUUACUCUAAAGGAUUUGGAGGUAAAUACGGAGUACAGAGGGAUCGCCAGGACAAAAAUGCCGUUGGCUGGGAGCAUCAUGAACAGGUCGAAAAACACGAGUCACAAAAAGAUUAUUCCAAAGGAUUCGGUGGGAAAUACGGCGUACAGACCGACCGGGUUGAUAAAUCGGCCCUGGGGUACGAACACCAUGAACAGGUGGAUAAACACGAGUCACAGAAAGACUACUCUCGUGGCUUUGGAGGUAAAUAUGGUGUCCAGACAGACAGACAGGAUAAGUCAGCCCUGGGCUACGACAGUCAGGAGAAGGUCGCCCUCCACCCCUCACAGACCGACAUGAGCAAGGGCUUUGGCGGGAAAUUCGGUGUCGAUGCCGAAAAUAAAGACAAGUCUGCUGGGUCAUACAAUGACAUGCAGGGAGUGUCGUCUUCAUACACCAGAACACAGGCUGAUGCUAGUUCAGAAGGAGCCAGAAAUAUCAAAGCCAGGUUUGAGAACUUGGCCAAAUCUGGGGAAGAAGAGGCGAAGAAGAAGGCAGAGGAGGAGAGGAAGAGGAGACAGGCUCGUGAGGAGCGGGAGAAGGAGGAACAGAGGAGACAACAGGAGGAGAGACUAAACAGAGAAAAAUUGGAGGAAGAAGAGAGGGCGGCCAGUCAACCGGAACCACAACCAGAACCAGAGCCUGAACCGGAACCAGAACAGGAGGAUUAUGGAGACGUGUCAUAUCAACCGGAACCGGUUCACAGACAGGUGCCGGAAGAACCUCCAGCUGAGGAGCCAGAGGAUGCAUAUGAGGACACGACUCCUCAGGAUGCUUAUGAGGACAUAACGCCUGAACCAACGAAAAGUUCUGGGGGGCUAACUGCUGUAGCAAUUUAUGACUAUCAAGCUGCUGAUGAUGAUGAAAUAACCUUUGACCCUGAUGACAUCAUUACAGAUAUUGAACAGGUGGACGAGGGAUGGUGGAGGGGAUCGUGUCGAGGUAAAAACGGACUUUUCCCAGCCAACUAUGUGGAAAUACAGCAGUGAAAUCCAGGGACAAAGUUUCUGCUCGAAAGUUCAAAGUGCACAGAUUCCAGUUUUUCAUACAAACAGAUGACGGAGAUUAAGGGUUCAAGUCAUGGUAUAACCAUUAUAUGCAACGAUAUAACAAUUUUCAAAGAAAUAGUCAUUCAUUUUUUUUUUUAAUAAAUGUUUAAUUGCUUUUUCCAUGAAUUUAAAGAAUGUUUGGAACCCUGUCUUCCUUUGAAUGUGUUUGAUAAAUGGUUAUAUUCAUUCAUACUUAUUUUAUGUGGGUAUCACUUUUUUGAUGACGAUGUAUACAAACAGUUUUUAAAUAAAGAUAUUAUAUAUGUGUAUGUAUUUUGUAAAGCAUUUUGAAGUCAAUAAUAAUUUUUUGAUUUAAUGCAUAAACUUUAUGUGUUAUGCUGUCUGUAUAGAAAUUAUAUGGACCUCAAUGAAAAAAAUGAUAUGCUUUGAGGAUCAAAACUGUCAGUUUAUUAUGAUUCUUUGAUACAUGUAUAUUGUAACAUUAUACACUCAUAUUACAUUUUCCACUUAUGGUGAUAUUUUUAUUAUUUUGAACAAAAAAAUGUAUUAGGUUUGAAUGUAUUCCAUCUCUUAGAUUUAUUUAAGUUCAUAGGUUUAUACUACCUGUUUUAGUGUUUCAUAAUGGUGAAUACUUGGAUGUUGCAUUCCAACAAAGAUACAUGAUUAACGCAAGCCUAAAGAAUCAAGACUAUAUCCUGUCAUUUACAUUUUUGUGUCCUAAAUGAUGCUGAAGGCCGAUUUCUGAAAUCAAUAAAAUUUUAUAUUUAUA